AGCUAGUGCUGCCAAGUUUGUCAAGUGUGGGGCCAAAAAAGUAUUUGACAACGUCGCAAUCGUUUUGACACUUGCAUUGUAAAAUUUUUGGAGCAGCAAGUUGGGACGAAAGUCGACGCCUUCCAGACAGGUAAAAACGUGCAAAACACAUUUAGGGAAAGAUGCUGCGUUCAAGACUCACACAGGCAGCGUGUGCCGCCCAGCGUGCGUUCUCCACUAGCCCAAGGGUGCUAGCCAAGCAAAUGACGGUGCGUGAUGCACUGAACAGCGCUCUGGAUGACGAAUUAGCUCGCGAUGAUCGCGUAUUCCUGCUCGGCGAGGAGGUGGCCCAGUACGAUGGUGCAUAUAAGAUAUCACGUGGGCUUUGGAAGAAAUAUGGUGAUAAACGGAUUAUCGAUACGCCAAUCACAGAAAUGGGAUUUGCUGGCAUUGCCGUCGGCGCUGCCAUGGCAGGUCUUCGUCCUGUUUGCGAGUUCAUGACCUUCAACUUCUCAAUGCAAGCUAUUGACCACGUCAUUAAUUCAGCUGCCAAGACGUUCUAUAUGUCCGCCGGCGCCGUCAAUGUGCCUAUUGUGUUCCGAGGACCGAAUGGUGCCGCCUCCGGUGUUGCGGCGCAACACUCGCAAUGCUUUGCCGCCUGGUACGCACACUGCCCCGGCUUGAAAGUUGUAUCCCCCUACGACUCUGAGGAUGCUCGCGGUCUACUCAAGUCUGCUAUACGCGAUCCCGAUCCAGUUGUGGUGCUGGAAAACGAGCUAAUGUAUGGUGUAGCAUUCCCCGUUGAUGAUAAAGUCGCCGAUAAGGACUUCCUUGUGCCUAUUGGCAAGGCGAAAAUUAUGAAACCAGGCAAAGAUAUAACCAUUGUGGCGCAUUCCAAAGCGGUAGAGACGUCUCUGCUCGCCGCCGCCGAGUUGGCCAAGAAGGGUAUCGAUGCUGAAGUUAUAAACCUCCGCUCCAUUCGACCUCUAGACGUUGCAACUAUUUUUGCAUCAGUUCGAAAAACUCAUCACCUAAUCACUGUAGAGAAUGGUUGGCCACAGCAUGGUGUUGGAGCUGAGAUCUGCGCCCGCAUCAUGGAGGAUCAAACAUUCUUCGAACUGGAUGCACCCAUCUGGCGAUGCUGUGGCGUUGAUGUGCCUAUGCCAUAUGCCAAGUCGCUUGAGAUUAAUGCGCUUCCCCAGGUGAAAGAUGUGACAGAGGCAGCCAUUAAGAUAGUCGGUAACAAGGUUGGCAAAGCCGCAGCGACAGCGGGAAAAUAAAGGUCUUUUCGAAACUGCCAGUUCUAGCUAUGUAGAUGGCAAAAUAACCCAUUAAGUAACUAAAUUUACGGUCCCCUCAACGAAAACUGUGGAUACAGGAGUAGUCCAAUUAUUGCACUGAUCUGAAUAUCGAAAACUGAAAUGUAAUUGUUUGAAGCGGCACGGAUGGCUUUCGUUCCCAUUUCAAACAUUCUAGUUGAAUUUUUAUUUGAUUAUUCGAAAUCUCUAUAAAAA